GCACUGGCUAGGCGAGAACAUAUGUCGGCAGAUUCCGUCCCGCCCCCAUCACAUAUAUAUUCUGUACGGAUCGCUCCCACGUGUCAGUUGUGUUUAAUCCGCGCCCCGAGAUGAGCUUCAAACCCCAGCCAAGCGGCUUCGCCACCAAGUCCAUCCACUCGGGCCAGAGCCCCGAGCAGUGGAAGAGUGCCUCGGUGAUCCCGCCGAUAUCGCUGAGCACCACCUUCAAGCAGGAUGCUCCCGGCGAGCACCGCGGCUAUGAGUACUCCCGCAGCGGCAACCCCACACGGAAUGUGCUGGAGACCUGCUUCGCGGCGCUGGACAAUGCCAAGUACGGAUUGACCUUCUCCUCGGGACUGGGAGCCACCACCGCUGUGCUGACCAUGCUGUCCAGCGGCGAUCACAUCAUCAUGGGUGACGAUGUGUACGGAGGAACCAACCGUCUGAUCCGUCAGGUGGCCACUCGCUUGGGCAUAUCGGCCACCUUCGUGGACCCCACCAAGUUGGAUGUCAUCAAGGCUUCCGUUAAGCCGGAGACCAAGCUGGUGUGGAUCGAGUCGCCCACGAACCCUCUGAUCAAGGUGGCCGACAUCGAGGCGAUCGCCAAGCUCGUCCAUGGCAUCCGAGAGGACCUAAUCUUGGCGGUGGACAACACCUUCCUGACCUCCUACUUCCAGCGUCCCCUGGAGCUGGGAGCGGACCUUGUCUGCUACUCGAUGACCAAGUACAUGAACGGACACACGGAUGUGGUGAUGGGCGGCAUCACCAUGAACUCCGAGAAGCUGUACAACAGCCUGAAGUUCCUGCAAAACGCAGUGGGCAUUGUGCCCUCACCCUUCGAUUGCUACCAGGUGAACAGGAGUCUGAAGACCCUGUCGCUGCGCAUGGAGCAGCAUCAGAAGAAUGCCCUGAAGGUCGCCAAGUACCUGGAGAGCCACCAGCUCGUGGAGAAAGUUCUGCAUCCCGCCCUGCCCUCGCAUCCCCAGCACCAGAUCGCUCUGAAGCAGACGUACGGCUACAGCGGCGUCUUCUCUUUCUACAUCAAGGGCGAGCUGAAGCACUCCUCGGCGUUCCUGAAGGCCCUCAAAGUGUUCACCCUGGCGGAGAGUCUGGGCGGAUACGAGAGUCUCGCUGAGCUGCCAUCCGUGAUGACGCAUGCUUCUGUGCCCGCUGAGGAUAGGAAAACGCUGGGAAUCACCGACGGUCUGGUCCGCUUGUCGGUGGGACUCGAAGAUGCUGAGGAUUUGAUCAAGGAUCUGGAGCAGGCUCUCGAGGCUGCAGCCAAGGCCUAAGUGCCUUACACUACGCAUCACAUAUGUAUUGAUAGAUCGCUUGAUCAUGGAUUUGUAUAUUUUACCCACCAAAUAAAAGUGAUUUAUCUCAAAAGCGA